ACGCAGGAAGAAAUAUCUGCUUGAACGUGAAGGUCCACGUUGGGUCCUUUUUUUUAAUUAGUAGUAUUUACUUCAAUAUUAGCGAGUUUAAAACAGUGCAGUUGCGUUUGGAUAUUAUACAUUGCUUCAAUUGUUAUGGCAGGUAUUUCUACUAAGACUGUGCACGACAUCUUUCAGAAUAUGGAAUAUGGAUCAUCCAGCACGAGUUAUGCAACAGCACAGUCCUGGUUAGAGAAGCAUUCUCGCACCCUUGGCUUCUUUGCUGAUGGGAAAUUUGACUGUCCUGCGGAAAGGCAGAUGUACAAUGUCACAGAUUCCAAAGCCGAGGUCAUAUGCAGCAUCGUUUGUGCUACAGAUCAGGAUGUUGCAUCAGUUGCGUCUUCUGCAUCUGCAGGGUUUAAAACCUGGAGUGAACUGAGCUGUUACCAAAGGGCCAAAGUCUUACGCCGGUCAGCGGGUGUUCUCCAAAGACACAGUCAGUGUGUAUCUGAGCUUUGUGAGCUCUCACAGUCUCCCACUUCUCUUGCCACACUGAUAAGACUGGCCCAGUACUAUACCAGCUGGGCCCAGCUCAGAGACACACUCAUGCCCGCGUGGACCCCUCGAGGUAUUGUGGCAGUGGUUGUCUCGGAUGACUGCUCUGUGUAUUCUCUUUUGCUAAAGGUUUUACCAGCUCUAGCUAUGGGUAAUGCUGUUAUUGUGUUACCUGGAAGGUCCACCUCUCUUCCUGCCCUUCUCUUGGCUCAGCUGUUUAUGGAGGCAGGGAUUCCUGCUGGAGUGUUGAAUGUGGUGACGGGCAGUAAAGCAUCGCUGGGUGUCAAAGUGGCUCAGAAUCCACAUGUGAACUACUUGACCUACAGCGGAUGUAAAGAUACAGGAGAGGAUCUGGCUAAAUCAGCAGCUGGCUGCGGACUCCCCAUGACCUUUUCUUUCUCAACCAGCUCUGUGUGUCCUUUUAUCAUCUUUGAAUCUGCAGACUUGGACAGUGCUGUGGACGGUGCGAUGGAAUUGGCUUUCAGAAAGAAAAAAGAUUGUCAGUGGGUGCUGUAUGUACAAGAAUCAGUUUUUGACAGUGUUGUGGCCAGGCUGAGGUUAAGAAUGGCUGCAAUGAAGUGUGUUCCCUCCAAUGCUGACAGAAAGCUUAUAGAUGCAGCAGUUCAGGGGGCCCAGCAGCAGGGGGCAAAACUGAUUCAGUCAUGUCCUCCUCCUCCUGCUGGUGGUCUGUACCCUCCUACUGUACUGUGUGGUCUGGCUCCCUCCAGUGACACUGUGAUUUCACCUUCUCCAGGACCUGUGCUGCCCCUCAUAUCCUUCAGGAGCUCCACUGAGGGAGUUACUAUCGGAAACCACAGCGUUCAUGGUCAAGCUGCCUCUAUUUGGACUGAAGACUUGACUCUGGCUCUGGAGUCUGCCAAAAGUUUGUCUGUAGGUUCUGUGUGGAUAAACUGUCAUUCUGUAAUGGAUCCUGCACUGCCUCUGUGUGGACGGAAGGAGAGUGGAAACUGCACUGAUGGGGGCAAAGAGGGACUGUAUCAGUUCCUGCGUCCCGCUCUCUCCCCCACCCUUCCACGCUGCACUCCCACCUCAAUAAACUAUGAUGAAUUUGGUUCUGCAGCAUCUAAAUUCCUGAUACCUGAAGGAUUUGAUCCCUCCAGUGUACCUCGGUUUUACUCGCAGUUAGUGGGUGGUCAGUUGCGUAAAGCUGACUCCGGCUGCACCAGGUCGGUGUUGGGCCCUGAGGGCACUGUGUUGGCUCACUGCCCAGACGGAGGCAGAAAAGAUGUCCGUAAUGCAGUAGAGGCCGCCAUUAAGGUCCAGCCAGGGUGGAUGAAGAAGAGUCCUGCUGCACGCUCUCAGUCCCUUUACUCACUUACUGACCUCCUGGAGAAGAAGAGACUGGAAAUUGCUGCGUCAAUCCAGACUCAAACUGGCAUCUCAUUGGAAGAGGCGAAUAAAGAGGUGGAGCUUAGCAUCUCCAGGCUUUCUGAUUGGGCUGCACGCUGUGAUAAGGAGGGGGGUGGAAUUCCAUUCCUGCCGCAGUCUGGUUCUGCCCUGUCAACUCCUGAGGCCUUAGGUGUAGUGGGUGUGGUUCUUCCCAGUUCCAAACCGAUCCUAUCUUUGGUGUCCCUGCUGGGGGCAGCGGUUGCCAUGGGUAAUGCUGUUGUUAUGGUGCCAAGUGAAAAAUACCCUCUUCCGGCUCUUUCAUUUAUUCAGGUGCUGCAGAACUCUGAUCUUCCAGGAGGUCUGGUCAGUAUAAUAACUGGGGACAGGGAUAAGCUGACCCAUGCACUUGCCAACCACAGUGUCAUUCAAAGCAUUUGGUACUGGGGAAGUAUAGAGGGCUGUCAGUUCCUCCAAUACUCAUGUGCCUGUCCUCUUAAACGCCUGUGGCUGCACUGUGAAUGUGAGGAGCAGGAAAAAGGAGGCCGAGACUGGACCAGCUCAAAUCCCUCUCAUCAAGAAGAGCUUUGGAGGAGGGCUGUUGUCUGGAAGAGUGUAUGGAUCCCCACGGCCUAAAGCACUUAUUUACUAAAUGACAAGUAUUUCCCCAAAGUGGGUGUAAUGGUUGUAGUGGGUUCUUUCAAGAUUCUGCACAAGGCCAAUAACCCAGUAAAUAGGGACACCAAGUGAUGUAAAACUUAUUUACAGUAUGGGAAAGAUGAUGAUCCUUUUAUUUGUUAUCAUCAUGACACAUUGCCUUAGAGACUCUGGAAACAAAAACUAACUUUUUUUACAAUAUAGCAAUAUAUCAAGUUUGAUCAAUUAUCUGUCAAUAUUAAAAUAUGUUAAACACUGCUGUUACGUAAUGCAGGUAAUUUCAGAAUUCUAUUGUUAUAGAAAAUGCAGGAAUUUUACUGUAAUUAAAAUAAUUGUGAUUUCUUUUUUGAAAUGCUGUCCUGUCAAAUAUAUAAAGCUGAAGAUUUUGUGAGUGAA